AUGGUUUCCUUAAGAGGUAGAAGAGGACGAAAACCGCCGAUUAAAAUGUUGUCAUUGGUGUUGGUGGGCAAUGAUGUAGCUGAGGUGGUGGCUGAUGGUGGUGAUGGGAGGCAGAGAGUUAUGGGUGGGAGCGUAUGCUACGCAAGCUUCUCUUUGUCUACCUUGAAUAACACACUUGUUGUAGGCGUUCCCCUUAUUGGAGCAAUGUAUGGACCUUUUGGAGAAAACCUUGUCAUCCAAUCCUCGAUUUUGCAAUUUACGGUUUGGAUAAUAAUCCUACUGAUGAUGUACGAGUUCCAAAGUGUAAACAAAUCCUUGACGAAUGACUCAACAACAGAUGAUCUAGAAGGCCAUACCGAGGAGGAUGCGUUAACUACAAGGCCAUCAUCGCUUUUGAUUUUAAUCAAGAUUGUAGGGCUUAAGCUUGCUAAAAACCCUAAUGCGUAUGCAUGCAACCUUGGGCUUGCAUGGGCACUUGUAUCGAACAGGUGGGAUUUGAAAAUGCCAACUAUUGUGGAAGGAUCGGUGCUGAUCAUGUCAAGAGCUGGUUCAGGUGUUGCCAUGUUUUGCAUGGGACUGUUCAUGGCAUUACAACCCAAGAUAAUUGAUUGUGGUGCGACUCUAACUGCAUUUGGGAUGCUACCGAGGUUUGUGGUAGCACCAGCAACGAUGGCUGUUAGUUCUCUUAUUAUGGGUUUACGAGGUGAUGUCCUUUGUAUUGCAAUUAUUCAGGCUGCACUACCACAAGCCAUUGCAUCAUUCGUGUUUGCCAAGGAAUAUGAACUGCACACAAGCGUGCUUAGCACUACGGUCAUUUUUGGCACCAUAGUGUCUAUUCCUUUGCUGAUAUCAUAUUAUGUUGUACUUGACUUGUUAAAUAAGUGAUAUUGUGGUUAUUAUUGAUGAAAGUUAAUUUUACAUGCGGUUAGAUUGUUUGUGAAAGUUGUUCUCAGGUAUCGAUAAGUUUUGAUUCAGUUGAUCAA